GGUUCUAUAGCGCAACGUUUCCAGUGGUAAUCGCUCAUCAAAGCUCGAUGGUUUCCUCCUGCUUUGUUAAAAUCGGAGGAGUAAUGUCCACGUGCGUUCUGAGUUCGUGACGCCAUGGCAUGGAACACAAGGUCAAAGUGGACGCGUUCGAAAUUAGAGGCUCCUCGCCUACCUCCCCGCUUGACCGAGUUUCAAGAUGCAGAUCUCACAGACACAUAUGUCCCAAAUGAUGAUCCUUCUACCAGUGUCCAGGCUUUGGAGGGAAGGGUGCCUAACUAUCUGCUGUUAGUUUCUCUACUUGAGCAUCUUUGUUCUUUGUAUGAGAAUGAUCCAGAGAAAAGCAAAAAGAUCUUUAACGUUCUUUGUCAACAGCUUGUAAAGAUGAAGGUGAUGCCAUCCUUUUCAUUUCUCGAGGAAUUCAGCGUCAUCAGAGCUAAGUACAAGACAGCAUUUAGUGAUCUUAUGCAAGCUGCUGCAAGGACCACUGGAACAGAUCUUGUAAAGAUUCCUGGUCUGAGGAAGCCACCAUUAGGCCCAUUUCAUAGCUAUAGGAGCUUAUCUGCUCCUCAAAAGAUGCAUGAUCUGCUGCAAAAUGGAACUUCACGAUACAAAGAGGAGUUUGUUGAGAUCAUAAGACUUGGUAAAGGUGGAUUUGGUAGUGUUUUCAAGGUGAAAAACAAACUAGAUGGGAGAGAAUAUGCAGUGAAAAAGGUCCCUCUCAAGGAAACAGACCCUGAUCUUUGUUUAAAGGUUCUACGUGAAGUUAAAGUGUUGGCCAACCUUAGUCACAGUAAUGUGGUCGGAUAUCAUGCGGCAUGGCUGGAAUAUGUUACAACAGAUACUGUUGGUGUUGCUUUGCCCAGAGUGGCUACAGUUCCUACAAGUCUCAAAGAGCUCAGUGAUUUCUCAUCUUUAAAUGGAAUUCACAGAAUCAUGGAAGUGAGUCAAGACAGUCAAAGUAUCGUGUUUGAAAGCUCGUCCCAGGAUCCCUCCAACAGUGGGAUCCUGUUCGCAGCUCGUAGAUCGAGUUGUGAGUCAGUGGGGACUGGGAGCCAGGCGGAAGGAAAGCAGCGCGGUGCACAAGGUGAGGGUCGCCUAGGUAAAAUCCCUUCAAGCAACCUCAGGAGCAGUACCAGUAGUAGUCGUAGUAGCAGGGCCCCAUAUCACGCUUCACGGCGCAGCAUGCGCCGAUCUGUCUCAAGUACUAGCCUAGGCUCCAUGGCUGGUAAAGAUGGCGACCAUAUUGAUGACGAACUGAGCGGGGAAAUGAGCAGCGAGCACGGCAGUGUAUUAACAGAGAACAUCAUGAGAAGAAAGGCAGUCAACAAGCGUUUGGGAAUGGUGUUGUUCAUUCAGAUGCAGUUAUGUACCACGACACUCCGAGACUGGCUUGUGAAGCGUAAUGAGAACAUCACCGUGCCUGACAGCCAAGUCGAUAAAGCGGCCAUUGUGGACAUUUUUCGCCAGGUUGUGGAGGGAGUGAGGUAUAUUCACUCCCAGGCGCUUCUUCAUCGUGAUCUGAAGCCAAGGAACAUCUUUCUUCACGGGCUCCGGCACCACAAAGAAGAACGACCAACUAGUUUCCAGGUCAAAAUCGGCGACUUUGGUUUGGCUCGGAAAGAAGUGGUCGUGAGUCCCGGGGCUUCCAGUCCGCUGGCCAGUUUAAUUGAACCGCUCACGCCCCUCUUUCCUCCAGGAUUUUCCGGCAAGGACGCACCGACUGCAGGAGUAGGAACAUGUACAUAUGCUUCACCCGAACAACUAAGGAACAAUAUAUACGACAACAAGGCUGACAUCUACAGUUUAGGAAUCAUUUUGUUUGAGCUGUUCUGUCCAUUUGGUACUGAAAUGGAGCGAGUGAAAAACAUCAAGGACCUCAGGCAGGGCAGACUGCCGCAAGACUUCUGCGAACAAUGGCCGGAAGAGUCCAAGCUGAUAUUAAAGAUGAUAGAUGAAAAUCCCAGCAACAGACCAACCGCGGAGUCUCUCCUAGAGCUUGAUGUUUUCAAAGAGGAGCACACGCAAAUGAGCGAUUAUCUCAAUGAAAAAGUCAAAGAGCAAGCUUCAGAGAUCAUCGAACUAAGGAAAAUGCUGUUAAAAAAAGAGGAAGAACUGGACGCCAGGACAGACGAGGUCAGCAAGCUAAGGCGGCAGCUUGAAGAGAGAGACAAACUUAUCGAACAGAUGUUUAAUAACAAACUGUGUGCCGCGUGCAGUCAUAGACUUGUCAAUCAAGUGGAGGAAAUGGAUACGGGAUGACAACCCAUUAGGGUAGGGAGGGGUGAGAGAGAGGGAAGGAAAUGCUAGUGUUUUCAGUGCCCCCUCCACCCACUUCUCUAAGAAGAUGAAUUAAAGAAAGGUUGGGGUGGGGAGAUGGAGGUGUUUUUUUUUUUCGUAUUUGUUUUUAUCGCUUUGUGGCGGUGAGUGCUUUGUAUGUUUGUUUGUUGUUAAUUUGAUGUUGUGUACACAUUUUGCAUUAAUGUAAAAUUUUCACAUGUUUGAAUACGGUUAUAUGUAGACCGGGUUUUAUCAUCACCUCUCCGGUCCUCUUUCAUUUUGAUACAUGCAUACACUCACAGACUUGUUAUUAUCAAGAGUAAAUUGAAUGAAACUUUAAAAUAACUGUUUAUUAAAAACCAUUUGGUAAACUCUUGAUGAAACAAAUUAAGGGGGGGAGGUCUAGCGGCACGACCCUUGCGAUGAGGGUGGGAGGGUGGGCUGUUCCCUGAUCCGCGCUCUGCUGGAAAACCGGGUGGAAUACCGAGCACGAAUGGAGUGAACAAGUCGUCUCGGUAUUUAUUGAAGAGCUAUUACGUAACUAAUGCGAAGAAUGCUCACCUAGUCGAGAAAACUGCAUUGUUGUUACGUAUGUCAACUUUGCAUAUCAUAAUGAAUGCUGUGAAUAGCACACUUUGAAAACAAUUUUUAAAUCAUAUUCAAAGAAAGGAUUUUUCGUAAACUGUUUAAAUGGUCGGGUUCCAAUUUAAACCUUCCUUGUUCGUUAAUCCCAUGUUUAUGAUGACAUCUUGUGGCAUUCCUUUCUACCGAAAUAAAUUAUUAUCUUGGUCAAUGUUCCCUCGAUUCGAAGAAAAUUCUGUGCGUUGAAAAGAAUGAUAUGAAAUAAGAUGACAUCCCUUAAAAAGAGUUAGCUUUGUUUUUCAAUUUUGCCCCAAGUCUCCUUUUGGCAUAUCUUUUUUUUUUUUUCUUUUUUUCUUUUUUUCUGCGUUACUAAAUUAUUUUAUCUAGGUUUCAUUAAAUAGCUAGAGACUAAUUUAACAUGUCAGUCCCUUAAAACUAUUACCAAGCCACAUAAAAAUAAGUACUAACGUAACAUAGCUUAUGGCUUGAUAGUAUUGUCAUAUUGUAACUGUACUAGUUAAGGAAUUUUUCAAUAUACCCUUUAUUACUGGUCUCUUGGGAAACAGUUAUGUUUUCCCGAGAAUCUCGAUGCUUUCCGAGACGAAAUCGAGAGAAAUAUCGAGAUUCGAGGGAAAACAAAACUAACUGUUUUCCAAGGGACCAGUAAUUAAGUGUGUUGUUAUCUGGUUGGAGUUUAGUGUGAAGUAGUAAGGCAAGGAGAAGUCAAAGAAACCUCUGGUUCGUGACCAGAAUCAGAACUAAACUCCAGCUAUAUAACAAUUUUAUUUAUUAUUGGAUCUGUACAUAGGGUUGUAAAAUAUGUUUUAGAUUUUGGAUGAAGCAAGGUUAAUAAAAAAUCUGGUGUUAUUAA